AUACUAUUGUGGUGUAAGUUUCUUGGUCCGCAUCAAGAUUAUGAGCGAGCCACGCCAUCCUCUCCUCUUUUCCCUUCUCAAUUGUCUAUUCCUCGUGUUUGUGGCCCGUCGAGUUCUGGCCGACAAUUAUGUCCCGACUGACAAGAUUCUGCUCAGCUGCGGAGGUCCUUCCCAAUCUACUGAUAUUGAUGGUCGCAAAUGGUAUUCUGAUAUCGGCUCCAAGUUUGCUUUGGCCUCCUCCAAUUCUUCGGUUUUCCCUGCUGCUGUUCAAAAGCCCUCUGUCCCCCAGGUCCCUUAUAUGAAUGCUCGCAUUUUCCAGUCCAAUUACACCUAUCGUUUCCCCGUCGCCCCUGGUAGGAAGUUCAUCCGUUUGUACUUCUAUCCCACGUCUUACGGUGGCCUCAAUGCCUCUAAUGCCAUCUUCUCCGUCACCGCUGGACGCUUCAUGCUUAUGAAGAACUUCAGUGCUGCACAGACGGCUGAGGCUCUAAACUACGAUUUUAUCACCAAGGAAUUUUCUGUCAACGUGCCGUCCGGCGUGUUGAACUUAACUUUCUCACCAGCCUCAGACCCAGGCAAUUCCUACGCGUUUGUUAACGGCAUUGAGGUUGUCUCCCAUCCUGAUAUCUACAGUGCUGAAGGUCCCAGCCUACUUGCUGGCCAAAAUGCACCCUUCUCCAUCGACAAUACUACUGCACUCGAGAAUGUUUAUCGGCUAAAUGUAGGUGGAAAUGACAUCUCGCCCUCCAACGACACAGGCCUUUUCAGGUCGUGGAUUGCCGAUUCGAAUUACAUCUUAGGCGCUGGUUUUGGGGUUACAAACGUAGCUGAUCCAAAUGUUACCAUCAACUAUCCCCGGGGACGCCAUCUUUAUGUUGCUCCGCUGGAUGUCUACAGGACUUUUAGAACAAUGGGCCCGAAUGCAAACGUGAAUCUCCAAUACAAUUUGACUUGGCUUUUCUCUGUGGAUACAGGAUUCUACUACCUAGUUAGGCUCCAUUUUUGUGAGGGAUUUGAGAAUAUUAGCUUAAUUAAUCAGAGGGUUUUCGACAUCUUUCUUAAUAAUCAGACUGUCCAGAAAGCAGCAGAUGUUAUUGCUUGGGGAAACACGAAUGGAGUUGCGCUGCACAGAGAUUAUAUGGUUUUCGUCCCUAAUUCGGGACCCCGCCAGCAAGAUAUCUGGCUUGCCCUGCAUCCCAACCCUGGCACUAAACCCUCUUAUUAUGAUGCGAUCUUAAAUGGCGUGGAGAUAUUCAAAGUAAACAAUACUGAUGGAAAUCGGGGUCUCAACCCAACGCCACUUCCAAAUGAACUGGCAGUCUCUUCUACAACAUCAUCUGGUCGCUCGAAAGGGAAAGCAGUCAUUGGCGGAGGGGUUGGAGGUGGAAUUGCUGCCGUCCUCCUCAUUGGGUUGCUUGUUUGUGCUAUUUCUCGUCGCCGCCGCAGGCACCAAAAGGACUCUACUGCAAGUGAUGGCUGGCUCCCUCUUUCAUUAUAUGGAAAUUCACAUUCCUCGGGUUCUGCAAAGACAAACACGACUGGAAGCUAUGCGUCCUCCCUCCCUUCGAACCUUUGUCGCCACUUUUCAUUUGCCGAGAUCAAGGCUGCGACCAAUAACUUCGACGAGGCUGCUCUUCUCGGCGUGGGAGGUUUCGGCAAAGUAUACAGGGGUGAAAUUGAUGGCGGCACAAAAGUCGCAAUUAAGCGCGGGAAUCCACUUUCUGAGCAAGGCGUGCACGAGUUCCAAACUGAGAUUGAAAUGCUGUCGAAGCUUCGGCACCGUCACCUGGUUUCGCUGAUUGGCUACUGCGAAGAGAACUGCGAGAUGAUCCUUGUUUACGACUACAUGGCAUACGGAACCCUGCGGGAGCAUCUUUACAAGACGCAGAAGCCUCCGCUGCCGUGGAAGCAGAGGCUGGAGAUCUGCAUCGGUGCUGCUCGCGGCCUGCACUACCUGCACACGGGUGCCAAGCACACAAUUAUCCACCGCGAUGUGAAGACGACCAACAUCCUGUUGGACGAGAAGUGGGUUGCAAAAGUUUCGGACUUUGGGCUGUCGAAAACGGGUCCUACGCUGGAUCACACGCACGUGAGCACAGUGGUGAAGGGGAGCUUCGGGUAUCUGGAUCCGGAAUACUUCAGGCGGCAGCAACUGACAGAAAAAUCGGAUGUGUACUCUUUCGGGGUGGUAUUGUUUGAGAUCUUGUGCGCUCGCCCAGCUCUGAACCCAGCGCUUCCAAAGGAACAGGUGAGCUUAGCGGAGUGGGCAUUGCACUGCUACAAGAAGGGGAUCCUGGACCAGGUUAUGGAUCCUUAUCUGAAGGGGAAGAUAGCAGCGGAAUGCUUUAAGAAGAUAGCGGAGACAGCGGUGAAGUGUGUGGCGGGUGGAACGGACAGGCCAUCCAUGGGAGACGUGCUUUGGAACCUGGAGUUCGCGCUGCAACUUCAGGAGAGCGCGGAGGAGAGCGGAACGGAGGGUGUGGGUCUUGUUGGAGGAGUGGAUUUGCAAGAGGGGACAUUCGAUGGGGAGGAGGUGACGGGUAAAGGGAGGAAGGAUCCGAAUGGUGGUGGUGGUGGUGGCUUUGAGGACUCCAGAAGCUCUGGGAUGACAAUGAGCAUUGGGGGGAGGAGCCUUGCGAGCGAGGACUCGGAUGGGUUAACGCCCAGUGCUGUAUUCUCACAGAUCAUGAACCCCAAAGGACGUUGAGAUCUCCAACUGCAGAAUUUUUUUUUUCUUUUUUUUUUUAGAAAAGAAAGAAAAAAAAAGGGGGGGGGGGGGCUGUAGUGUGCAGAUGGGUUUCGUUUCACCUGUAAACUCAAACUCAAAGAGAGUUUACUUUUUUCUUUUUUGUUUUUUGGGGGAAUUUUGGGUUAUUAUUAUUGUCUUUGCUGUUGUAUAAUUCUUUCACUAUUCGAGCUCCUGUCAAGUUUACCGAGAAAAUCGUUUUAUUUUAAAAAAUAUAUUAUUGUAUCAAUGAUCAUGACGUUCCACGAAGGGUAUAUGGGAAUUUAAUUUUUUAUUUUUUUAUCUACCUAUAUAGUAAAAGCGCGAAAGGAUUCGUUAAGGGUUGUGGUGGCUGUGCUGAUGUGGUUGCAUUUUAUUCGCUGGAGGGUCGUCCUCCAUCACGUGGUGCUCGCGUGCUUUCACUGGGAGGGGCUUCGGACUCCUGCUUUUGUCCGUUGGGAGGAGCACUACAAUUCCUGCUCUUUGUCCGAUAGACGAGAAUGAGGACCGGCUAACCUGCUGAGUAAGCUUAUGGCGGUUGGUGCUGGUUUGAUUGAUGCGAAGUAUUGGGUGAUGGGCUCAAUGUGGGUUUGCGUGGGUUUACCAUUUUGCCCUUCAUUUUAAAAAACAAAUGCAACGUUGUUUGUUGCUGAACUUACUGCUUGCCUCUGUCCUUUGUUGAGAAGAAGUUUUAGCUCUGGUUUGGAGAGCUACCAGAAACGGACUUUUUCUCUUUCUUCUGAUUGAAAGGACUGAGAAACUUUGUUUCUCCCAUGUAUGCAGAGGCUCCUGUGUUUCUGAGACCGCCUCCUCCAGCUACGGCCAUUAUGCUCCACGCUUCUGCUCUGCGCUUCUUAGCUCGUGCGGAAGGCGGUUCUGCCCUUUUCCCUCCUGCUCUAUUGUUGGCUGCCAAAGGAUUGUUCUGCCUAUCUAAGGCUAAGGUGCCGUCACUUAUUCUCCCUUCUGCAUAAGCUUGCCUUUUUUGCUUUCCCUGUUGCCUUGUUCCUUGCCAAUGAACAUUUGGUCCAUGUUGUUACACCCUUCUAUAAUGUUACAAGGUUUUCUUGAACGUUUUCCUCCUUCGUGCUGAUUAUGUCUGCCCAAAAAUAGCUUUAUAAUGGCAGUCAUAUGCACGUGCACCUGAAAAACAAAAGUGCACGCUAUCCCUUUCA